UGAGCUCCCCGCUCCGCCAAUCACGUCUCAGCUGGCGCUGUUCCCAGCAUGAAUUAUCCCGAGCAGGAGCCGCGGUUUGCGGAGCUGCUGCCCGCCGCUUCAGUCUUUUGUGUGCUCCGUCCCGGCUGUGAGCUCUACGAGCUCCCGGAGAGCAGACCCAGCGUCCUGCCGCACAAUAAUGCGCGAUUUUUUCUACUUUUAUACCACUGGAUUUCCAGUUUUAACAGCCGAAAGGGAGGUUUUAAUGGACGGGGUAGCAUGAAUUCCCAGUGUUACACAGUGGCGAUGGAUCUUGGCGUUUGUCAGCUGAGGAAUUUCUCGAUAUCGUUUCUGUCCUCUGUGCUCGGGAAGGAGAGUGCAUCAGUCCGGCUUGACAAUAGCUCUUCUGGUGCAAGUGUGGUGGCUAUUGAUAACAAGAUUGAACAAGCAAUGGACCUGGUCAAGAGCCACCUCAUGUACGCCGUGCGGGAGGAGGUGGAAGUGCUGAAGGAGCAGAUCAAAGAGCUCAUCGAGCGCAACACACAGCUGGAGCAGGAGAACAACCUGCUCAAGACCCUGGCCAGCCCCGAGCAAAUGGCUCAAUUCCAGGCGCAGGUCCAGACCGGCUCCCCGACCGGCAACGCCCAGCCUCUGGUGCCACCUCCGACCGGAACCACACAGGCCCUCCCCUCCUCACAGAGCUCCGGUACAUCUGCGUAACACAGAGGCUGCACAAAGGAGGCCCUCCUUUCUGAAGAUGAGAGAUAUGGAGGAUGAGAGGAAGAGGAGGAGGAGGAGGAGGAGGAGGAAGGGGUUUCGCCAUACUGUGAACUGACUCUAACAUCCAGACCGACUAUGCCACCGUCUUCAAGGAUCGCACGCUUCAACUCAACCGGACAACAGACUUUUCUUUUGUUGCACAUUUUUAUUUAACUGAAACACUUUGGAGUUGCACCGGAUUGCGAGUGAGUGAGUGUGUGUGUCCGCCGCUUUGUCUCCGGCUUUUUUUAUUACCUGCUUCAGACAAUCGUCGUUGUUGUGGUGAAGAUGCGGGGAGUUGAGACAAAGCUGACAGGAACUGAGAUUCGAGCCUUAUGGCUGCUGUUGUUCAAGGAGGAGCUAUCGUCCAAUCAGAGGACUUGUCGGCGCUGUCCGAUCCCUCGCAGUGUGACCCAUGGAAAAUGUGCCAUCGUCUUGUUAAUCCCAGUCCCACCUGAACCCAGCACUCUCCAUCUUGCAUUAAGUGUUUUUAGUGCUGCUGUCCGUGCACUUUUUCCCCCAGACGACAUCGACAGAGGACAAACUUUAAAGAUCUCUAAGACCCAUCUGGAAUGGGAAUUUUUCUUUUUCUUUUCUUUUCUUUCGGGUCUUUAAUCCUCGCAGACGUCAAAAUAUUCUGGGUUGAGGAAGAAAAUUAUAACAUAUAUAUUAACUAUUCCUCAUUGUUCACUUUAAGAACUGUUCUGAGGUUCACGUCGCCGUCCCCACCCUGAACGCACUCUCCCCCCUUUUCUUGGACGGAGCAUUAAACAUUUAUGCAGGGAAUCAUUUUUUUAGGGAGGGAUUGUUUAGUCCUUGUUUUCUGCUCUUGAUGACGUAAUAAUGUCCUAGUGAUGUGCAAAAAUACUUAAUGAAAGAGCGAAUAAGUAGGACAUGACUGUUUCUAGGUUUGUACAGAUUAUUUCCAAUUAAACUCUGCCAAGUGCCUGGUUUCUAACCAUAGAUACAUAUAUAGGACUUUUUUAGUUGUUUUAUUCAUAUGUGUGUAUAUAUUUAUAUAUAUAUAUAUAUAUAUAUCUAUGGUUUUGCCAGGUUUUGAACUACCUGGGAUGUCAUAACUCAGGGUGGGAACAGAAGAGGAUUAUUGACCUCCCCCACUAUGAUGCUGUCUCCCCCUGCGGUGACACACGGCUUCGUACUGUACGUGAACUCUCCUCUGCCGUCACUCAACACACUCGCUCAGAUUACCUGGACUGUUUUACCAUAUUUGAGACGUGUGUAGUUGUUUUUUUUUUUAAUGAAUGGAAAUGGUGUUUUUUUUUUUUUUUUUCUGUCUUUUUUUUUUCUCUCUCUCUUUUGUACAGCCAAGUGUUUUGAGUUGCUCGUAGUGCAACUGGAGUGCUGAACACAAUAAUGAGACACUUGGCGAGAAAAAAAACCUUAAGGAAAAUGCCUAGCACAAGUAUGUUGAUGUUUUGUGCAUGUUCCUCAGCCCAUCACUAAUGUGACGUUACAAUUGCACUAGACAGUUGCACCUCAAAUAAAAAGUGAAACGAAAAAAAAUA